AUGCUUACCCCUGUUAUUUUUUGGGCUAAGGCUCUCAUGCAGCAUAUAUGGUCACUAGGCCUAGAUUGGGAUAAUACUCUUCCUAGUGAUAUUAUCGACAGAUGGUCAACUUUUGUCAACGAACUUCCUGAGAUUGAAAAUUUGGAGAUUGGCAGGUACAUAUCUCUGAGUGAUGCGGUUAAUAUUCAGUUGCAUGGAUUUUCAGAUGCAAGUGAACUCGGUUUUGCUGGAUGUGUUUAUCUACGAACUGAGAACCCGCAAGGCAGUAUAUAUGUCAACUUAUUAAUAGCCAAGUCACGUGUGGCACCCCUGAAACGUAUCACGAUUCCUCGCCUUGAACUGUGCGGAGCACAUAUUUUAGCCAAACUGUUACACUACUGUGUUGAUCAACUCUCAGAUCGCUACAAGAUAGAUUCUGUUACCGCUUGGAGUGACUCCACUGUGGCUCUUUCAUGGAUUCACACCCCUUCUCAUCGUUUGAAGUUAUAUGUUGCAAAUCGUGUUGCACAGAUUCAAGAAUUGACCCCUUCCUGCAUAUGGAAACACAUUUCUACUCUUGAAAACCCCGCUGAUGUUGCCUCUAGAGGAUUAACCCCAUCUCUUCUUAUUCAUAACAAGCUCUGGUGGUCUGGACCCACAUGGCUUAAGAGUUCAUCUGAUUCAUGGCCUCAACCAUCGAGUCAUCUUCCCGAAGAGGAACUCCCAGAAAUUAAAACCACAACACUAAAUCUUCUUACGAUAGCUGAAGAUCAAGAUCUGAAGUUUAUCAAUAAAUUCUCUUCAUGGACUAAACUACUUCAUGUCAUGGGCUACGUUUUACGUUUUAUUUCCUGCUUGAAAACUAAGCAAAGGAUUACUCAUUCUCUCACACUUGAAGAGUUAGAAGUAUCGAACAAACGGAUUUGUUGGCUUGUUCAAAGAGAGAGUUUCUCUGAGGAUAUUAAUUCCCUGUCAAAGAAGAAUGUGUGUUCUUCUCGCAUUCAACGCCUUUCACCGUUUAUGGAUGAUGAAGGUUUGUUAAGAGUUGGAGGACGACUGAAACAUUCUGAGUUGCCGUACAGCGCCAAGCAUCAAAUUAUCUUACCAAAGGAUCAUUUUGUUGUAAAUUUGAUAAUUGAUUAUCAUCAUCGCAUCUUUCUUCACUGUGGACCAACACAACUCCAAGCUGUUCUUCGUGAGAAAUAUUGGAUACUUUCUGCUCGUAGUAUCAUACGCUCCAGGAUUUUUAAACGCCUGAGAUGUUUCAGAAUGAAACCUAAGCCAAACACACCAUUGAUGGGAGACUUACCUUCCCCAAGAGUGGUAGCAACCCGACCUUUUAAUGUUACUGGAGUCGACUAUGCCGGACCAUUUACAGUGAAAUUGUAUGUCCUAAAAAGGCUUCAGCCUAUUAAAGUUUAUCUUUGUCUAUUUGUCUGCUUUGCAACGAAAGCCGUACACUUAGAAGUUGUGUCGGAUUUGUCCUCAGAAGCUUAUAUAGCAGCUCUUACACGUUUUAUUUCCAGACGUGGUUCAGUGAAGGAAAUUCAUAGUGAUUGUGGAACCAACUUUGUCGGAGCAGCUGCUGCACUUCACAAAUGUUUUAACAACCUCCUUUGCAAUCCAGUAACUCACCGUUUUGCUGAAGAAAACAACAUUUCUUUCAAAUUUCUGCCUCCACACGCGCCUCAUCAAGGUGGCUUGUGGGAACGAGCUGUUAGGAGUGCUAAGCAUCACCUUCAUAGAGUAAUCGGUGGCCAAAUCCUGACUUAUGAAGAAUUCAUAACUCUCGUGUCACGUGUCGAAGCAAUAUUAAAUUCAAGACCACUUACCCCUCUCUCUGGAGAUCCGAAUGACUUAGAGUCUCUAACCCCAGGACACUUUUUAACUGGUGGACCUCUGAAAUCCAUGGUUGAACCUCAAUAUGAUGAAACUUCUUGUAACCGCUUGAGGAGAUGGCAAUUAGUUCAGGCAUUCUCUCAACACAUCUGGACUCGAUGGUCCCAAGAGUAUCUGCAUACUCUACAGCAUCACUCUAAGUGGACGAGUAAAACAGAGAACCUCAAGAUUGGUGACCUUGUUGUUAUUCAUGAGCCUAACACUCCUCCCCUACAAUGGAAACUUGCAAGAAUCACCGCAGUAUCUCCAGGAGCAGACGGAAUUGUACGAGUGGUCCAUCUACGCACCGCUACAGGGAACUUCAGUCGGCCAACCGUCAAAGUUUCCCUUCUUCCUACCAAUUAA